AAAAAAAAUUGUGUUUAAAUGUUAUUCUUCGACAGUCGCGUCAUCAAAGAAAUUACAUUUGCUCACAUUCACAAAAUAUUAUUUUUUUUUGUCAAAUAAUAUAGUGAUUAGAAAUUUUACCUUAAAGUUGAAUAAAUAAAAUGUUUCGGUUCGAACUCUCACUCCUAUAUAUAAAGUGCGAUGUCAUUUAAUAAUUUUUUUAAGACUUUAAAUAAAUAAUUAAUAAUAAAUAAGUGAAGAUUGCUAUCUUGUUAGUUUGGAAACAUAGAUUGAAAGAUGAAAGGGGUGCUUACGCUUCAGCUAUGGAAUCCACCACCACGCUUCCAUACUCUAUCCUUCUCCCACCACCCUCUCACAAUCUCAGCCUCAACCACCACCACCACCACCUCCUCCACCCAACAACAACCACCACAUGAACUCCUCACAGCAAAAGAAAGAAGACGCUUAAGAAACGAACGCAGAGAGAGCAAGAACACAACAAAUUGGAAAGAAGAAGUUGAAAAUAAACUCAUUAAGAAAACCAAAAAAGAGAAAAUACAUUGGAUGGAUGAACUCAAUCUUGAUAAUCUCAUUAAAUUAGGUCCUCAGUGGUGGGGUGUUCGUGUUUCUCGUGUUACGGGUCAGUAUACUGCUGAAGCACUUGCUCGUUCUUUGGCUAAGUUUUUUCCUGAUACGGAUUUUCAGGUAUAUGCUCCAGCUAUCAAUGUGAAAACGAAAUUGAAGAAUGGUUCCAUCUCCGUAAAACCAAAGCCUCUAUUUCCGGGUAAUAUUUUUCUGAGAUGUGUACUGAACAAACCAUUACAUGACUUCAUAAAAGAGUAUGAUGGGGUUAAUGGCUUUAUUGCAUCCACGAUUGGAAAUACAAAGAAACAAAUUAAAAAACCAAAGCCAAUAGAUGAGGUUGAUAUGGAAGCAAUAUUCAAACAGGCAAAAGUGGAGCAAGAAAAUGCUGAUAAAGCAUUUGAGGAAGAACAGAAAAAUGCUGCCAUAAUCUCUUCGAAUCCGAAUUCAGAGUUAGAAUCAGAUGUUUCAAAAACUAUUGUUGAUUCUAAGCCUAAAAGGGGCUCUAGAAAAACCUCAGACCAACUCACUGUCACAGAAGAAGCUUCACCUGCUAAAAAAAUUCCUAAACUUGCCACUGGUUCCACUGUUAGAAUUAUAUCUGGAACAUUUUUAGGGUUUACAGGCACACUCAAGAAGCUAAGCCGCAAAACCAAAAUGGCCACGGUGCAUUUAACAAUAUUCGGGAAAGAGAACAUAGUAGACCUAGAUAUUAGUGAAAUUGCUCCAGAGACUAACUAAUGCCUUUUGUUUCUCUCCCCUCCCCUGAUGGUAUGUUUCACUCUGAAAAUAAAACUUUUGAUUAGUUGCGGACUGCGUGCUUUUACAGAUUUUUCCACAUGUCGAUGAAGUCCCUUUUUCUAUAUAGAAAAUUAAAUGCAUUUUUACUCAGUGCAUACUUGUAUAUUAUGAGAUGUGUACUGGUGCUUAAUAGCCAAAAUUGAAAUCUUAGAUGUCUAUAUUUUGAGCCUAAAAUUUGAGGAGAGUGCAAAUACUUCCCUUCAACUAUUACCUAUGUUUAAGCUAUGGAAGUGUAGUUUCUUACAAGUAAAUUAAGAUUCUUUGGUAUUGUUUUCA